AUGCCGCGCCAAUCUCGCGAGGAUGAGCCUCGAGGGUCGCGUCACAGCCACGGCCAACGGCGGUCGCGGUCUCCUCCUAGCCACGGGCGAAGAAGCCCACCCAGAGCCGACGAGGCGGGCGAUGAUGGCCAGCGGCGUCACCGCCACCACGGCGGGCACUCCUCAUCGUCGAGGAGGCACCGCUCGCCGCGCCGGGGCGAGCGCAGAGACCGAUCCCAGCGGGCCGCCGCGGCGGUCGGCCCCGUCACGCUGCCGUUCUCGGCGCGGCAGCUGACCAAGGCGGACAUGGCUGCGUUCAUGCCGCUGUUCGCCGACUUCCUGAGCCUCCAGAAGCAGAUCGAGGUGGGGGAUCUGGAUGAGCGGGAGGUCAGGGGGAGGUGGAAGAGCUUCAUGGGCAAGUGGAACCGGGGGGAGCUGGCGGAGGGAUGGUACGACCCGGACAUGUUUGCUCGCAUCUCGGAGAGGUACAGGGAGGAGGGGGGCCUGUAUCAGGAACAAGACGUCCCAGGCGGCCGGAGUCCUCUCUCUUCGGAUGAGAUGGAGAGGACGGGGGACGCUGGCCAUCAUUCUGGUAGCGAGGGCGAUGACUACGGCCCGACGCUGCCGCGGGGGAACCGCUACGGGGCACGGAUAGGUCCCGUCAUACCGUCCAUGCAGGAUCUCGCCAUGCGUGAGGAGAUGAGGGAGGAGGAUAGAGAGGACUCGAGGAAUGCGCUCCGAGAAGCCCGGAAGGCUGAUAGGAGUCUGCAGAAGGAGAGGCUGGAGGAGAUACUGCCACGGGCGGAUCCGGGCUCACGGGAACGGAAGCUGGAGAAACGACAACUGGUGAACGACAAGAUGCGUGAGUUCCGGGAUAAGAGCCCCGGCAUGGAGGGCGGGGAUGAGAAGGACCUGAUGGGCGGCGGGGACUCGCUGGCAGAGUACAAGAAGAUGAAGCAACAGGAGCAGAGGAAGAAAUCGGAGCGGGAGAUCAGGAGGGAGGAGUUCGAGAGAGCGAAGCAGGAAGAGGUGGAGGAGAGGAGGCGGGCGUGGAGGGAGCGGGAGGAUGGAACGAUGAGCAUGCUCAAGGAAUUGGCGAAACAGCGAUUUGGUUGA